CUCGCGCAUCUUCCGCCAGGGCAGAGCUCCUCUUUUUCUCAGAAAGAAAGACGCGAUUUUUCCACCGUUUUUUCCCCUUGUUAGUGUACAAUUUAUUUCAUACCGUUAAUUUUUAAUCAAAUUUUUUUUAUUAUUUAAUUUAAAAAGCAAAAGUUAUAACGAAAUAAACAUUAAAUAGCGUUCAAUAACAAUAACUGGGCAAGUGAACUUAAAUUUUUCUAAGGUUAUAUCUUGUAAAGACAAAAAGAAAAGAAAAAUGUGUUUUUCUCUACAUUCAUGCAUUUUGUAUUUAAUUUGAUGCAAUGUCUGAUAUAAAUUCUGAAGAGAAGAUUAAAAGUAUAAAACCCAGCCUUAUUACAGAUUUGCGAAGAUUCAGAUUUAAGAAAACUGUGAAGAAAAUGAACACGUCCGACGACGAUAGUAAUAUGAGUCCCGAAAUAACAGUUCGACGAAAAGCAGUAAAUCGUAUUGAAGAUAGUGACAGUGAUGUUGGAAGUCCAACAAAACUUGCCAAUUCAGAUUCUGAUCGAGGCUCUGAAUCUAAUGAAAAGCAAGAGAAAAUUAAGUACCUGUUAAAUCUAUUUCCAAAAAAAGACUCCGAGGAACUUGAAGUAAUAUUGGCAAAAUGCGAAUGGAAUAUUGAGGAGGCUGAAGAAUUAUUAAAUAGUCGUCGAAAAAGAGCACACAAUUCGAAAGGUAAAAAACGUAAUAAAAAGCGUAGAAAAAUGAGAGAUGAUGAAGAGGAUGGUGAUGUCGAUUCAGAUGAAGCUAAUUAUUCAAGUAAAGUGUUUGACAGCGACGAAGAUUCAGAUAUUGAAAUAUCAAAUGAUUUGUCAGGUGAUAAAAAAGCAGUAUUAGACUUUAUGCAAAUUGCUCAACCCUCGGAACUUUUGUUAAUGCAUCAAUGUACACAAAAGAAAGUUGAUGCAAUUAUUGCAGCUAGACCAUUUACUAGUUGGUCAGAUAUUGUGAGGAAAUUUCAAAAUAAUAAAUUUUUAGAUACUGAACUCUUGAAUUCGGCGCAGACGUUGCUGGCAACAAGAAGCGUUGUGGAAAAUCUCAUGAAAAAAUGUUUACGACUAUCAACAACAAUGGAAAAAGCCGUUGCUGCUGGUUCAUCGACAAUUACACAUCAACCAAUGGGAAUUCCUGAUAAUUUGAAAUUAGCACCCUAUCAAAUGGUGGGAUUAAAUUGGUUAGCUGUGAUGCAUGCUCAUGGUGUUAAUGGAAUACUUGCCGAUGAAAUGGGUCUUGGUAAAACUAUUCAAGUUAUAUCAUUUCUCACUUAUCUCAAAGAAUCAGGAUUCUAUGAUGAAAAUGAUGGACCACAUUUAAUUGUCGUUCCCAGUUCUACAAUGGAAAAUUGGAGUAACGAAUUAGAACGAUGGUCACCUGAUUUAAAUGUGGUAAAAUAUUAUGGCUCACAGGAUGAAAGACGUGAUAUGAGAAUGGGAUGGCGUAGUGGUGAUUUAGAUGAUGUUGAUAUUAUUUUGACGACUUAUAAUCUUAUUAGUAGUACACCGGAGGAAAGACGAUUGUUUCGCGUGAUGCCUAUUCAAUAUGUUAUUUUCGAUGAAGCGCACAUGCUUAAAAAUAUGGGAACAAUUCGUUACGAGAAUCUCGUCAAAAUUAAUGCGAAACAUCGCAUUCUUCUAACUGGAACUCCAUUGCAAAAUAAUUUAUUGGAAUUAAUUUCACUUUUAAUAUUUGUGAUGCCUACAAUGUUUGCAGGAAAGCAAGCUGAUCUCAAAAGUUUAUUCUCAAAAAAUCCAAAAGUAGCAACGAAGGAUAACAAAGAUAAGCCACUCUUUGAGCAGGAGCAAGUGAAAAAUGCUAAACAAAUAAUGAAACCAUUUGUAUUACGUCGUUUAAAAUCGGAAGUAUUGCGUGAUCUUCCAAAAAAAAAUGAGGAAGUUAUGAGAAUUUCAAUGAUUGAAAAACAAAAGGAAAUGUACGGGAAUUUAUUGAGUGAAUUUUCAGAUGAAGCUAAUAAAAAUAAUAUUAUUAAUGGAGUUGGAAUGAUGAUGCAAUUGAGAAAACUCGCCAAUCAUCCACUUUUAUUUAGAUCUUAUUAUACUGAAGAUAAAUUAAAGACAAUAUCAAAGCGACUCGCCAUGGAAUCUGGUUAUAAACAAAAGAAUCCAAAUUAUGUAUUCGAAGAUUUAUUGUGGAUGUCUGAUUAUCAGAUAAAUCAACUUUCACGAACAUACAAGAGCAUUGCUGGUUUUGGUCUACCAUUAGAUUUGAUUCCCGAAUCGGGAAAAUUGAAAACUCUCGAUGAACUUUUGCCAAAAUUAAAAGAGGAAGGACAUCGAAUUUUAAUUUUUAGUCAAUUUACCAUGGUUUUGGAUAUUUUAACAGAGUACUUAACACUCAGAAAUCAUAGGCAUUACAGAUUGGAUGGACAAACUCCAGUAACUGAGAGACAAGAAAUGAUUGAUGAAUUCACUCACGAUAAAUCGAUUUUCAUUUUUCUUUUAUCGACAAGAGCUGGUGGAUUAGGUAUUAAUUUAACGGCUGCAGAUACUGUUAUUAUUCACGACAUUGAUUUUAAUCCCUACAAUGACAAACAGGCGGAAGAUCGUUGUCAUCGUGUCGGACAAACCAAACCCGUGAGAAUAAUAAGGUUAUUAAGUGAAGGAACAAUAGAAGAAGGAAUGUACCAAAUAGCACAGGAAAAAUUGCAUUUAGAGCAACAAAUCACUGGCAAUGAGGAAAAUGAGACUGGCGACAAGAAGGGAGUGUUAAAACUAUUGAAAAUAACACUUGGAUUAGAUAUUCACAAUAAAUCAUUGUCACUUUCGCCUAUGAAGAAUUCUCACGAUCUAGAUGGAUUAACAGAAAAAGAAGUAGAAAAUGGUGAAUUAGACGAAUAAUUAAUUUUAUAAAUGCGAUUUUUUUUUUUUUUAAAUGAUUUUUUCAGACGUAUUUACAAAAAAAGAAAAAAUAGAAUAAGUAGCUUGUAUAAGUUUUUAGACCGUAUACACUUUUUUUUAAUGUGAAUGUUGACAAAAAUCGGUCAAAUUGUAAAUCGUAAUUUUUUAUUUAUUUUUUCGCGAAUAAGUAUAGAAAAUUAAUUUAACUCUCGCAGGAACGAAAGGGAAUUUUUUUUUAUAUUUUGUAUUACCUUCAUGUUUUGAUACUCAUUUUUUAUAUAAUUUUACUGUGAUAGAGAACAUAGAAAAUUAAAUAAUUGAAAACAAAAAAACAUUGUUUAAAGCUGCGAGAAUAAAUUUGUAAUAAUUUUAAAACUGA